UUUGUAGUGCUAACUUGAAAUGGAACUACCCCAUCUUGGAGAGUCCUGCUCAAACAAUGAAUGUAACAGAUUGGAUUUUCUCCCUUACAAAUGUGAUCUAUGUUCAAAGAUCUUCUGUCAAGAUCAUCGAGAGUAUAAAGACCACAGUUGUCCUGAGCAGUAUCGAGUAGAUCGAGUAGUGCCUGUUUGUCCAAAAUGUGGAGAGAUUAUCCCUGUGAAGCCUGGUGAUGAUCCUAAUAUCAAGGUGAACUCACAUAUUGAAAACAACUGCAGUAAAGUUCCAAAGGUCAAAACGUACCCAAAUCGAUGCAAUAAACAGGGUUGCAAGAAAAAAGAAGCUAUACCAGUCAACUGCAAGAAUUGCAAAUUAAACUUUUGUUUAGCACAUCGGUUUGAGCAAGAUCAUUCCUGUAAAGGUUUUGUUCAUCCUCUAGCAAGAAAACAGGAAACAGCUAAACCAAAACCAAAACCAAAACCAAAGCCUGCUACCAAUAGUGCACCCAUUGCCAGCUCCUCUCAGCAAAUCUCCCAAGAUGAGGCACUGGCUCGUGCGCUGGCAACUGAGGAAGAUGAAGCAUUGGCACGAGCAUUGCAGGCCUCACUCAGUGAACAGCAGCCCUCUUCUUUUGAGGCUAAUAGACGCUCACAACCACAGCGUCAGGGCAGUAUAACGCAGUAUUUUUCAACCUUUUAAAUCAACGCAAUACUUCCCUAUUGAAAUUAAAGGAUUCACAGUCAUCAUGUGUGUUAAGCUAACCGAACUGGACAACAACUCGUGACAACUUGUUCAUUCGUUAAGUUAAGGGGGAGGGGUAGUAUUAUCCCCCUAUUGGGUUUUCAGAGGUUUUCCUUUGCUCAGACAAUACAUGUAGAUGCGUUUCAUAAGUUUACAAGAUAAAUUAAGAUCGUUUACGAUCACACACUGUUAGAUGUUUAACAAUUACAUAAUGUUCCUUGAAUUAUUUGGAUCAUGUUUUGGUUAUCUCAAGCACAGUCGUUGGAUUGAAUUAUGUGUCAGAAUAUUAUAUGUAUAGCUUUCUGAUUGGAAAGUAUUGACCUAAAGAAAAAUAUUGAUAUUAAUAUGUUCUCUGCUUUGAUUGUUGCAAAUUAUGUUUUUAGACUUUCUGAGAUUUUGGUAUUUAUUGUAUCUACUUUUGAAUAGUCACCCAAUUUGUUUAUAAUCGAAUAGUUUUUGUAAAUGUAUAAACUAGACAAUAAACUUAUGAACUGAUGAAUUCUAUAUC